GGACGUUGUGAGCAGGCCGGGGGUGGCGGCGGCGGGUGAGGGAGAAUAUGAUCUGCGAGCUCUGAGAAGAAACCUAUCUUUGCUGUAACUUACUACUGUUAUGGUACAAUAGAAAUGAAGGUGCACAUGCAUACAAAAUUCUGUUUUAUUUGUUUAUUCACGUUUAUUUUUCAUCACUGCAACCAUUGCCACGCUCAUAAGCACGAUCACAAAAUCACGUCGGAAGAAAACAACAUUCACAGUGAUUAUCAAAUCUCAAAAGAGCCCUAUCUUCAAAAUGGGGCUGCAGAACUUUUAACAAGCCAGACUUCGUCACCAGAGGCUGAGCAUGAACAGAGAUUUUACAUUGAAAAGCUGUUUGCUCGUUAUGGGGAAAAUGGAAGGCUUUCAUAUCAUGGACUAGAAAAACUUUUAAACAGCUUGGGCCUUGGUGAGGUAAAAGUAGUUGAGAUUGGUCACGAAGAUUUAGGUCAUGACCCAGUAUCACAUUUGGAUGUUUUAGAUGUUCAGGAAGGAAGGCACGUUCACCUACAUGACCACUCUUCCCACACGGAGGCAGAAAAUGAAACCAAAAAUGCUGUGUCCACCAAGGAGUAUAACGCUUGUAAAGAGAACAAGGCAUCAUUGCCAGUGGAACCUAAAUUAUCCCAUAGUCCUCACUUACAUAAUCAUACUCAUAAAGGUACAAACCAUACUCGUAACCAUAGCCACCAUGGUCAUAGUGGAACAGUGAGCCAACUGGACCAUGGAGGGCAAAUUGAGCCAGUAAAUAGUACAGAUAUAACCCGAGAACAUCCUGAGAAAAAGCUUCACAAGCACAAGAAGAAGAAAAAAGGGACUAAGUCGAGUGAACCUACCACAGAUUCCGCUUUUGUUUCUGAACGGGAUGAAUACAACCAUGUUUACAAACCUGAACAUAGCUUAGAUGUAGGUCACCUUCGUGACCGUGAGGAUACUGAGAAUUUUGAAUUGGAUGGCCACGCACAGAUGCUGGAAGAUAGACAGCACAACACUCGUAAAAGAGAAGCCCCGGACAACCAUAUCGGUAUGAAAGGGCAUGUAUUUCCACAGGCUACUAAGCAGCACAGUGAAGAUGUGCAUAAGCAUGACGAGUGUUUGAAUGUCACCCAGCUCCUUAAUUAUUAUGGGUUGAAUAUCGACUCUCCAAUUUCACCAGAUCAGUUUUCUUACCUUUGCCCAGCGCUGUUAUAUCAAAUUGAGAAUAGAUUUUGCAUCAAGCAUUUUACUGAUCUGCAUAUGGAACCCGUGGAAACAAUAGAAAAAAAUAAAGAUGCUGCAUCUGUGUGGCUUUAUGGUUUCUUCUCCAUCACUGUGAUCAGCCUGUUAUCCUUGCUCGGAGUUAUCCUGAUUCCAAUUAUUAACCAAGGCUGCUUCAAGUUCCUUUUGAAUUUCCUUGUUGCGAUAGCUGUGGGAACAUUAAGUGGCGAUGCACUGCUUCAUCUGUUACCCCAUUCACAGGGUGGACACGAUCAUGGUUCCGAGGAGUCUGGGCACAAGCACAGUAAAGACCCGGGAGAAGAGAAGGAGUUUCUGGUGGAGUACGACCGUGUUAUGAAAGGCCUAGUUGCACUUGGUGGCAUUUAUCUUUUGUUUAUAGUUGAGCACUGUCUUCGAAUGUUUAAACACUAUAAUGAUCAAAGGGGAAUUAAAGGCAGGGUAAGACGGAAGCCUAAAGUUGAUGAGUCCACAGUUGGGAGAAAGUUAUCCGAUCACAAACUGAAUCGGAGAUCAGAUGCGGAAUGGUUACAACUCAAACCCUUGGCAGGAACCGAGGAUCUAUCUGCUACUGAAGGCCAGAGACUAAAUGAAACCGAGAUGACUUAUGUUGACAGUCUUCAGUCUCCUGUGAAGGUUUUUGUUGCCAUUGAUGAUGAUGUGAUUCCACACAAUAACAAAGAUGUAUCUUAUGAUGAUGAUCACAAUAUGGAUGAUGGACAAUAUGAAAAUCACACAGAGGAAGUGGCAUCAAAGAAACACAAUCACGGCAAACACUCCCACCAUUCACAUGGUCAUUGCCACUCUGGUAAAGAUAUGAAAGACAGAGGCAUUUCCAGUAUAGCUUGGAUGGUAAUAAUGGGUGAUGGCAUGCACAAUUUCAGUGAUGGCUUAGCUAUAGGUGCAGCUUUUAGUGCCGGUUUGACUGGUGGAAUAAGUACAUCCGUAGCUGUGUUCUGCCACGAACUACCCCAUGAAUUGGGGGACUUUGCAGUGUUACUGAAGGCGGGCAUGACUGUAAAGCAAGCAAUUGUAUACAACGUUCUGUCUGCAAUGAUGGCCUAUAUAGGCAUGUGUAUAGGCACGGCAGUUGGACAGUAUGCCAAUAAUAUAACCUUGUGGAUUUUUGCAAUUACAGCCGGAAUGUUUCUAUAUGUGGCACUAGUUGACAUGCUUCCAGAGAUGCUGCAUGGGGAUGGAGAAAACGAAGAACAUGGACACUGCCCAGUGGGACAGUUCAUCCUGCAGAACUUGGGACUUCUGCUUGGGUUCGCCAUAAUGCUGGUCAUUGCUUUAUAUGAAGACAAAAUAGUGCUUGACCUCAACUUUUGACUUUCUCGGUACUGUCCAUUUGUAAUGUGUCUGCUAGCUGUGUAUGUUGAAAAUGUUUACAGCAAAGGUUUGCAACGUUCUGU